AUCAGCAGGGGAUCAAAUACUUUUUUCCCUCACUGUAUGUUAGUAAUGUCAGUGGUGAUUGUUGUGCUCACUUUCUUCCUGCGUCAACCUGUCUGUUCAUAUCUGCCCCCAAUCCCUGCCAUCAUGCCUGCUCUGCUAGAGCCCAAAAUGGUCCAAUGCCAUAGCACGCACCCUGCACAAGCACAUCAUAAGAGAGCAAGACAGUAAGAGACAAGAGGAAGAAUAAGUGAUGAUGGAGCAGAAGGAGGUGGAGAAAAUGAAGAGGAAGAAAGAGGUGGAGGAGAAGAGAAUGUCUUUAGAUGAGACAAAAGACCAGAUCAUGAAGAUGGAGGAGAAGCUACAUGGGCUACAAGAGGAGAAACAUCAACUCUUCCUCCAGUUGAAAGUGCUCCAUAAGGAGGAGGAGAAGAGACAGAGGAAAGAACAGAGGGCAUCACUACCAGGGGCUCCGAGCACGGGCAGUAUGCAGCCAGCCAGGCAGCCCAUGGCCCCUACGGCCAGCUCACCAAGGCACAGCACGCCUCUCCCUUCGCCCCCAGCCAGCCAGUCUCUGUCAGCUACACCAGCAGCUCGCAGCUCAGAGGUGCCUCAACGUUCCAGGCCAUGCAGUAUCUGCCUCACCAGCAGCAGGGCUACACUGCCACUUGACCUCUCAGCCAGGUACCUUACACUUGUGUGUCUGUGUCUACUAAUGUCUAUAAUGUAG